GUAUCUGUCAGCGCCUAGCCCCUCGGUCGUCGGCCAUAUUGAAUGGAAAUCGAGCGGACAGUGUACGCGUAUCUGUUGAUAAAGGGCUGAGGAGUAUUUUCCUGGACAUACUUGGACAAAAUUUCUGCAGCUAUGCUGGGAAACGAGCGCUCUUCAGCAAGUUACAAAAGCUCUCGGAGCAUGAAGCGCAGUUCUGACCGCGACACGCCGCCUCUUAGCAACAAGAGACCAAGGUCCAUAGGACGAUACGACGACAGCAGUGAUGAGCGUGUGAGUCCCGAUCGCGAUAGACGCAGAGGAAGGACACCUCACGAAAGUCCCCCGCGAAGCCGCUACCCUGACAGGGACGAGUAUCGCUCACGGACGUACUCGAAUUACAAAGUGUUGUGUGUGAGUAACUUGCACAACAAAGCCAGUGAUGAGGUCAUAAAAGAUACUCUGUACCGCGAGUAUAAAAAAUAUGGAGACAUCAGUGUCCGGAUAUCGCACGACCCUGACGAACGAGUUGGCUACGUGUGCUUCAGGAGCUACGAAGACGCCCGCGACGCCAAACACGCUAAGCCCCGCAUCAUCAUUUUCGACAAAGCUGCGAUAGUGGAGCCGGUUUACGAUAGGAGUGGCGGUGGUGGUGGCGGCGGUGGUACUGGAGGCGGCAGUGGAAGCGCUGGUGGAGGCGGAGGCUCGGAAUACCGCCGGCCCAGGAGUUUAACCCCUGAUUACGACAGAUAUUACCGCCAAAGGUCGCCUGGCUUUGUAAUGGACAGGAGCCGCGCUAACUAUGACCUCGGGCCUCCACCUAUGAGGAGUGACUUUCGGCGUGACCCUGCGUCGCACGACUACAUGUCACAUCCCAGACACGCACCUCAACCUGGACCUGCUCAUCACUACGGCGGCACCCACAGAGGCGGUCCUGGAAUGUACAGCAAAGGCUACGACAAGCAUGAGAACAAAAAGGACAAGUUCCCCAACUACCUGCACCACCAGCUCCCUGAGGACGAUCCUUUGGCCACUAGGACUUUGUUCGCAGGCAACCUGGAAGUGAGCAUUUCAGAUGAAGAACUUCGCCGCAUAUUUGGUCGCUACGGAAUUGUGGAAGAUAUUGACAUUAAAAGACCGCCUCCAGGAACAGGCAAUGCCUACGCGUUCGUCAGGUUCCAGAAUUUGGACAUGGCUCAUCGCUCCAAGGUCGAGCUGUCAGGACAGUACAUAGGCAAGUUCCAAUGUAAAAUUGGGUACGGUAAGGUAACCCCGACAACAAGGAUCUGGGUUGGCGGGCUGGGUCCCUGGACCUCCCUGCCGCAGCUAGAGCGUGAGUUUGACCGUUUCGGCGCCAUCAAGAAGAUUGACUACGUAAAGGGCGAUAGCUGUGCGUACAUCCAGUAUGAUUCGAUGGACGCCGCUCAAGCCGCAGUAAAAGAGAUGCGCGGCUUUCCGCUCGGAGGACCAGACAGACGGCUCCGCAUCGACUUUGCCGACGUGCAGGGCGCCGCUCCGGCCUUCCCCUUCAACAAGAGCAGGGAGUUCAACUAUGAAGCAGGAUACGAGGGCGCCUGGGACGAAGGAAACGGAUUCAACUACAGCGGAGGAUCGUCCCGCGGCUACCGAGGAGGCACCGGCUCGGGCGGAACCGGUGGCGAUCGCAGUGGUGGACGCGGCUAUCGCGGCCGCGGGAGUUACCGCGGCUAUGGCCAGCCCGGGUUCGAAGAGGAGUGGGCCAAGGGUGGUCCGCCUGAAGAGGGCAGGCGCUCGCACACCCCUGAGCCCGGCGAGGAGCGCUCCCCGCGGCCGACCUCGCGCAACAGGCGCUCGUCCCGGUCGCUUUCCCCGGAUGCGAGGAACGGAAGUGGCCCGCUCGGCUCUGCCAGGACGCUGGCCGAGCUGGCGCGCAAGGGCGAGGUCAACUGGAGUGGGGGCUUAGUGCUCAAGAACUCGCUGUUCCCCGCCAAGUUCCACCUGACGGAUGGUGAGACGGACAUUGUGGACAUCCUCAUUAAGGAGCAGUCGGGCCGAAACCAACUGCGCAUAACGCAACGGCUACGUCUGGACCCACCCAAGCUGGAGGACGUGUCGAAGCGGAUGGCCACAGCUGGCGCUCACGCCGUGUUUCUCGGACUGCCGGCCUCAACCUCGAGUAUCACUCCGGAGGACGCGAAUGUCCAGUCACGUCCCAUGCGCAACUUGGUGGCCUAUCUUAAGCAGAAGGAGGCCGCUGGUGUGAUUUCUCUGACGAACAAGGACAAUGAAACGACUGGUGUGCUGUACGUUUUCCCCCCUUGCAAGUUUUCGGCCGAGCUGCUGAAACGGACAGCUCCCGCUCUCUCCGAGGAAGGACUCAAGGAAGACCACCUGGUCAUUGUGGUAGUACGUGGGGCAUCCAACUAAUCGCAUGAUAUCUAUCCAUUUUCAGAGGUUGACGGUCAUCAUUUAUUUUAUUUUAAUAUCCUUUCGUUUGAAUCGCUUGCGCAGAUAUGUUCUCGGGUGACUUAAAAGAGUCGCUCUGCGAGAUACCUAAAGCUAACGAGCGUAGGUUGUUGGUAAUUUGAAUUAGCUGCUAACUAAUUGGUUUUACAACUCCUAUGAUUUUGAACAAAUUUAGUUUACUUUUUAGUAGUAUCUUGUAGAUAAUUUAGAUUUUUUUUUUUCUUUUAUCACGUAACAGCAAAGUUGUAUUCUGCUGACAAAUAUUCAGACCUUAUUGUUCUAAAAUGAUGUUUCACUGUGAGGUGUACUCUAAUCUGUGCUUAAUCUAGUUGUCGCGUCAAUCAACAGCAGCAUCGGCCCCAACACGUAAUGGUUAAGUGUUUUCUAGAGCAGUGUAUCAUCUAUAUUAAAAGCCUAUCAAUACCAGUGCUAAGAAAUAAUUGCAAAUGUGUCAUUGUGCCACCCACCUAACCUUAAGUUUCGUGUGAGCCCGGCGGUGUCUCUGGUCAGUGGAGUGCCUGUUGAUUUUUUCAUUAAAAAAAUCUACCAUCAACAAGAGUGCCAGUCACAAUAAAUUUAAAGUGAAUGUGGCAGUUAUGAUUCGUUCUAUUUUUAUUUGCAGUGAUUUCUUUGGUUUCAUUUGGUGAAUUUGCUGUGAUGGUGCGUUUAGAAAAUGUGAAACAUGCCACUUCUCAAAAGUAUCAAAUCCUCAUCUGCACUUCCGACGCAUGAGAUGGCCUUCUCAAGCAUCCCUAAAUAGGUUCCCCAAAAGUGCUUCUUUUUCUUGUUAGUGAGCUUGAGUUCAAGGGUGGUUCUCUUAAUGCAAAGUUCAGUGCUUGAGAGCUUCAGUGGUGCAGCAACUACUGAAUGUGUGCUUAAUUUUGGGUUUUUGUGAUGUGAGAGUGGCCGAGGUUCUAAGCAUUAUUGGUUCUCGAAGAAAAUUGUGGUGCUCUAAAGUGGGUUUGCCAUGCAUUUAAAGUGUCAAUUUCGCUCAGUUUGAUUUUAAUUUGCUGUGAAAUAAUUGAUUUAAAGUGCAUCAUUGCAGUGGUCUUUAGUGAGAGGAAAUCUACGGAAAAGUGCAGUUAGGUUUUUAGUAAGAGAAUGGCACUCAAGUGUUCUCAAGUUCAGUGUUGAGCACUAUCGACAAAGAUACUUAGUGGUUUGUUCAUAAAUUACUACACGGGGUUUCGCAUAACCUUUAAUUUUUUCAGUGGUGGGAAGUUUUUGCCAUCGAUUUUUAUUCAUUCUUUUUAUAUUUCACCAUCAUCCUUAACCUCCGAAAUAAAUAUUACCCAAAGUAUGAAAAGCAGAAAA